UGACAACCGAGACCAACAAAACAACGCAGUCAGCUUAUUUAAACCCUUAUAACGUCUCAAUACUGACAUCUUGUGAAAAGCUAUUUCUAAACCAUGUAUAAUGAUCUGUGACCACUGCGGUUUUAAUUGAACAGAGCGAAGAAGGGGAGAGGUUGACUUGCUUUGAUUACUACACUUGUGUACAAAGGAUUUCUGUAAUUUCAGCGAUUAGGACAAUACGUUGUACUACUCUGUAUUGACUUUCAGAUACAGUAUUCAUAGGGGAUAGCACCACCGUCUCCAGAUACCCCCUGUCUGCACUGACAGUAACAUAGACACCCUUGUUUACCGUUAUGGCAAAUGAAUCUUUAGCAAAUGGAGGAGGCACAAGCAACCCCAGACCCAGCAGCCUUUCAUCGUUGGAGCUGGACUCGUCUCUGGAUCACAGUGUCCAGACAAGGAUAUUUAAGAUCAUUGUGAUCGGGGACUCGAACGUAGGGAAGACCUGUCUAAGUUUCCGCUUCACCGGCGGCAGCUUCCCAGAGAAAACAGAGGCCACCAUCGGGGUGGAUUUCAGGGAGAAAACGGUGGAGAUCGAUGGAGAGAAGAUCAAGGUCCAGGUGUGGGACACGGCUGGUCAGGAGCGCUUCAGGAAGAGCAUGGUGGAGCAUUAUUACCGCAACGUGCACGCCGUGGUCUUCGUGUACGACGUCACCAAGAUGGCCUCGUUUGAGAACCUCAAGACAUGGAUCCAGGAGUGCAAUGGUCACCACGUCUCGCCCGUGGUGCCCCGGGUCCUGGUGGGAAACAAGUGCGACCUGGUGGGUCAGAUCCAGGUGCCCUCCAACACGGCGCUCAAGUUCGCCGACUCCCACAACAUGCUGCUUUUCGAGACGUCCGCCAAAGACUCCAAGGAGAGUCAAAACGUGGAGUCCAUCUUCAUGUGCCUGGCCUGUCGCCUGAAGGCUCAGAAGUCUCUGUUGUACAGGGAUGUGGAGAGGCAGGGUGGCAAAGUGAAUCUCUCGCAAGAACCUGCCGCCAAGAAAUCCUGCCCGUGUUAAAUGAACUGUUGGUUUAGGAAAAAAAAAAAAAAAAAAGUAUGUGCCUGCAGUAGUUUUGCUGAAACGAUUUUGCUUGUUAUCUUGCCUCUUUUUUUUUUUCCUCUCUGUCCUCCUGUUGAAGCCCCCAUGCCCUGAACAGAACUAGCUGCCUAAAUCCCUUUAAUGCUCUUGUUCUAAGGCAGCAUCCAGUAAUUUUGGAUUGUUAAUCAUGCUGUCAAGUGCUAGUAAAAAAAAAAAAAACCUGGGUGGGGAACUGAGUGGAACACGUUUCAGAUAGCAUCCCAUUUUAAUGUAGUGUUCUAUAGUUUUGCCAAAACUAUUAUGCUCAUGCUUUUGUAAUUAAAGGGAACUUUAUUUUUUUUGUCAGAAUAAUAGUUUCUCAAAUGGGCAAUGACUAAGCUAGACUUGUGAAUAAUUUUCCUAUGUAGAUGACUUUCUUAUAACAUUUACUGGAGGCUGGUAAAAUAUUACAGGAAACAGGACAGUCCAUAGAUGCCAAGCAAGGAAUCCUUUUUAUCAGGAUGGCUUGGACGAGAUGGUCCAUGCUGUUUCCAUUUGGGGAAGAACAUUUGGAGGGCUUGACCAUCUCAUCUCUAUUACAUUUAGUGGAGGGUGGGGGCUUGUGGUUCAGUGUGUGUGUGAGACAGAUUAAAAGCAAGUCUGAAGCAAAGUUUUGCUCCAUGGCUGCCAAGGUACUUGAGCUCUAUGGAUAAACUGGUUCUCCUGUGCCGCUAUGUGUUCACCAGCACUAAAUGUAUCAAAAUGUUUAUUUUAAAGAGCUGGGAUUGCACCCAGAGUCUUACAUUAGUGACAUAUUGUGGUUUUGAGGUUCUUCCAAGGAGCAGGCUUUAUUCAAAAUCGUAUAUCAAAACUGCUUUUAUUUACUUCAUCAUCUUGAACUCUUGGCAUCACACAAGGGGCCGCAAAAACAGUCAUUGAUCUGCAGUGUUAUAAACCUGUGGAUCACAUGAAAAAGUAGGAACAGUCUACAGUACUAAAGACAUACAGUACAGAAUGAACAGUGAUGUGCAUCAGUACCUUAUUAGGUUUUGGGAUUGUAUUCCCCACACACCACAUGUCUGUGCAUUAUUCAAACCAGUCAGAACUAUUCCAGUCAGGGUGGUAUUUCGUCACGCCAGCAAUAAUGCAUCACAACUCUUUCCUUUUUCUUUUAUCGGUUUAGGAACACUGUGCUGCUGUUGUUGCCGUUUCUGACCUUGUGUAGUACAGGUGCCUUAAUCACCUCAGAACUGUGCACAUAUUUUUUCCCUGCCAAUUCCUGCAAGCUGUGCCGAGGAGUGGGGAAAAAGGCUCUAUUUAUAUAUUAAUACAAUGUUCCACAUCUCAGUGUGUGUGUGUGUGUAUGUGUGUUACACAAUUCUACUGGUGAAAAAGUCCUGAAGUAAUCUGGGUGUGACCUUUAACCUCUCAACCUCACAGCCUUUCAGCCUCCUGUGGUCCUUAACUCUUUGCACUAAGCCUCUGAGCCACACUGUCUGGUAUCAGAAAUAUAGUAUAGGUGGCCUGGUUUACAAUAUUCAAACCAGUCAUAGUCUCUGGAUUUUCAGUACAUUUAAACAGGGUAGCACAUUUUGAGCAUGCAUUCUUGUCCAGGUCCAGUCCUAGUGAGCAGGAGCAGAAAUCAUGUUUCUUUGGGCAGUCUUCGUGUCACCAGAGUGAGACCGAUUAGAAAAAUGCACAACAGCGUUUUUGCUAAGGAACCGUGCAUUUUAACACACGCCAUGCAAUGAGAGUGACAACUAAAAGAUUACAUCCCACAAAGGAUUCAGGCACAAGUGUUCUAUCUACCUGAGCUACCAAAACACGUGUUAUUUUGUUUGUGUAAAUGUGAAGUUGCCUUUUUUAUGUAUGUCUUGGUUUGUGUUUUUGGGUGGUUUUGCAGCAAAGAAAAAAUACAGACUAAAAAAAAAAAUCAACAACAACAGUUUACCAAACUGAACAGUCAGAAAAUAAGGUCUGUUUUCUGGCCCUUGUAUCUCAGUGGCAGAGCUCCCGGAUCUGAGGAAUUCAGCAAAACAGAUGACUGAAAAACAAAAUGUCAGCUGUGUCACACAUGUAUUGCUAUAUUUAAAAUAACUGUCUGAAAAGUGUUGGGAAUAACUGGAAACAACUUCAGACUCUUCCGGGAGCUCUUAAUAAUAUUAAAAUAGGGAAACAGAUAAUACCAGCAUCCAUUACUGAGGUACUGUACUUUUAAAGUUGUGUAAAUAAUGAGUCUUUCCUGUGCAAUGAACUUUUUGUAAUGUGGCAAAACGCACUGUUGCCACUAGGACGCGUGCCGCUGCUAUCAAUUAAUAAUGCUUCUUUACUAAUCUCU